GAAGCAAAUCUACCCAAUAAUCCUUCCUUGACACCAUCAGUGGGGAGAAAUAGCAGAAGUGGAUUAAGAUAGGCUUUGUGUGACGGAUUGUUUUUGGUGAAGUUACUGGCUUUGCUUUCUCUUAUUCACCCUGGAUUAGAAAAUAUCUUCCCUCAUCUGGGACCUUUUCUGAACAGAAAGACAGCUAUUCCUCUUUCAUACCUUUUUCCUCAACACCCCCACCCAAGGAUAAAACAAAAUAACGGAAGUUAAAGUGAUUUGAUAAAUCUAUAUCAUAAAUUUAAAUUUCCCUGAGUCUUGUCCUUUUCUAAACCCUUAACGUGACAUGGAUACAUGAAGAUGGGGAAUGAUUCAACCGUGACCAAAUUCUUUCUGGUGGGACUUUCCAAAUACCCAGAGCUCCAGCUUUUUCUGUUCGUGCUCUGCCUCAUCAUGUAUGUGAUAAUUCUGCCGGGAAAUAGCCUCCUCAUUGUCAUCAGCACAUUUGAUUCUCGCCUCCACACCCCCAUGUACUUCUUCCUUGGGAACCUCUCAUUCUUGGACAUCUGCUACACAUCAUCAUCCAUUCCCCCGAUGCUUGUCAUAUUUAAGUCUGAGAGAAAAUCUAUCUCCUUCAUUGGCUGUGCUCUGCAGAUGGUUGUCUCCCUUGGGUUGGGCUCCACUGAGUGUAUCCUCCUGGCUGUGAUGGCCUAUGAUAGGUGUGUGGCCAUCUGCAACCCACUGAGGUACCCCAUCAUCAUGAACAGGGUGCUUUAUGUGCACAUGGCUGCUUGGUCCUGGAUCAUAGGCUGCCUAAACUCCUUAGUGCAAACAGUCCUGACAAUGGUAUUGCCUUUCUGUGGGAAUAAUGUCAUUGAUCAUAUUACCUGUGAGAUCCUGGCUCUUCUUAAACUCAUAUGUUCAGAUAUCACCAUCAAUGUGCUUAUCAUGACAGUGGCAAAUAUUGUUUUACUGGUGAUUCCUCUGCUAUUAAUUUUCAUUUCCUAUGUUUUUAUCCUCUCUUCCAUCCUGAGAAUUAAUUCUGCUGAAGGGAGAAAGAAAGCUUUUUCUACCUGUUCUGCCCACCUGACUGUGGUUAUCCUGUUCUAUGGUUCAGCCCUUUUUAUGUACAUGAAGCCCAAGUCAAAGGACACAAAAGCAUCUGAUGAAAUCAUUGGACUGUCUUAUGGAGUGGUAACCCCGAUGUUGAAUCCCAUCAUC